AGAUUCUUUUUAUUUGCACGUCAAUUGAAAAACAACUUUUAAUAAGAUAAAAAGAGAUACACAAGGUAUCUCGUUAAGAGUCAUAAGCUUGUCUUUUCGGAUAAAAUAUCUAUUUAUAACUUGAGAUCGUCAAGUAGUACACAUAGGCACGUAUUCGAGCUAACACGGUAAUUCGGUGAUGUUUCAUAUUGCACUUAUGCAAUGAAUCAGUCCGAUUCGUACGAAUCAUCACGAGAAAUUCGAAACGUCAGGUUUUAAAGACAUGUCACUAACACACUAAUACUUGCACGGGAUCAAUUUUACCGGCUUUCGAAAUAGAUACAAAGAUAUUAUCGCGAAUGAAACACGAAUAAUCUUUUUAUAAUCAUCUGUUACUUUCUCUUUUUCGCAAGAUAUUUUAUUUGCAGAACUCGGAUGGAAAAAAUUUGUAUAAAAAUACCUUUAAUGUUUUAAAUUCAUUACACACCAUUCGACAUAUUGUAUUAAUUCUGUGAUAAACAUAGAGAAGAUUACAAGAAAAUGUCUAUCGAUUGUAUUUUCAAACACACCAAAGAAGACGCUUUCAAGGAUUUUUUCUUUUUCGAUGAGAAGAGCAUACCAAUCGAACAAGCAAGGCCUCUCAUAUUGCAACCAUUAAAACCAACAUCUGCUAUUAUUAUAACAGGAUACAUUCCCGUUAAUGCGAUAAGAUUUGCAAUAAAUUUAAAUUGCAAAACGAGCGGUAACAUAGCGUUGCAUUUCAAUCCAAGAAUAGAUAGAGGCUAUGUGGUAAGAAAUACAAAAAUGAAAGGUACGUGGGAACUUGAGGAAACUUGUUCUCCAGUUGGACCAUGCAAUUAUAUAUUUUGUCGUAACUCUUAUAUCCAUUUGACGAUAUUUUGCACGGAAGAUGCAUUUCAGAUAGCAAUCAAUGGAGAACAUUUUUGUGCCUUUACAUAUAGGUUUCCACUUAGCGAUAUUAGCUAUCUUCAAUGCGAUGGACACUUUGAAGAUAUAAGAUUCAAUCAAAUAAAUCUUCAGGUUUAUCCCGACCCAAAGUUUUCUAAAUCUUCACCUUCACUUGUUUUGACAGAAGACUCCCCUCUCGUAGAAUUUCUUGAAGUUCCGAUCAAUGUAAGAAUCGGUUGUGAAUUCAAACUCGGUACCAAUUUAUUUAUUAGAGGAAGAUUGAAAUUACUUCCUCAUUCAUUUUAUAUAAACUUACAAAAAGGAGAAACUAUUUAUCCUCAUCCAAUAAUCGCCUUGCAUAUAAAUCCACGUUUUCUUUACGGUAGUAAAGAGCCUUUCGUUGUCAUGAAUUGUUGGGUCGAUGGUAGUUGGAGAAACGAGGAAAGACACGAAGGUCAUUUAACUUGGAUGCCAGGCCGUGACUUUUUACUAACUAUACGCUGCGAGCAUGAAGGCUUUUCAAUAUGGCUGGGUAACAAAAUGGUAACCGAAUUUAAGCACAGAUUAAAACCAUCCAUUAUCGAUACUUUACGAAUAUCAGGCGAUAUUGUUCUUCAUCAUCUAGCGAUCGAUCAUGUCAAAAAUAAAUGAAAUAACGAAUAAUUUGAUCAAAACGAUACUUGGAUAUACCAUAAAUAUUAUUUAAAAAA